AUGGGAUACAUUUGUACACGAAAAGUACUGACAUCAGAUCAUCCCUUCCACACCGUUGCAGACGAGGUAGCGAGAAACAAAGAAACACACGCCAUGACGGAAAACCCUCUAGAGAUGCCAGAUGUCAAGCUUGACGAGGAAGAGGACGAUGCAUCUGACUUGGCUGAUGAGGAGUUCGACGAGCGCCAGAAACUUACCGAGGAGGAGCUGAGACGAUUGGAGGAGAUGGAAGAAGGGCAGGGAAAGAUCAUUGUUGAAGUUGACGGAGGCAACACGCAGGAAGAUGCAAAGAGUGAAGGUUCUGGGCUGAUGUUCGACGUCGAAUAA